CCACCCACUGGCUUGCAAGGGCAAAACGGGAAUUAAUCAGGAGAACCGCCGCAGCAGCAAGCAAGCAAGCAAGCACCUCCGCUCCCAAACCCGCGCCGCAGCAAACGCACCCCCGGCCCCCAGCCUCGCGCGCCCGCCCGCCCUGCGGCUCCAGAUCCGGAGCGCCGACCGGCGCACCCGCCGCCGAUCGACCAGGGGUCUAGGGGUCAGCGGAGGGAUGGCGGAGGCGAUCGACCUGUACCGGCAGUCGGUCAUCGGCGUGGCCCUCAUCGAGACGCUGAACGAGAUGGUGGCCAGCGGCGCGCUCAGCCCCGAGCUCGCCAUGGCCGUCGUCAUGCAGUUCGACAAGUCCAUGUGUCACGCGCUGGACAAGCAUGUCGAGAGCAGGGCCACCUUCAAGGGCGGCAAUCUGCGCACCUACAGGUACUGCGACAGCAUCUGGACUCUCAACCUGAGAAACACAACAUUCAUGAACGAGGAGAUCGAAACAGUCCUCCCCAUGGUGAAGAUCGUGGCCUAUGAUAUGAGAAUGAUUGAGGAGCCUGUAGAACCUAUCACUUGCCAGCAAUGCCAGUAGUCCAGCACCUUUAGCCAUACUCCUCUUCAUGACAGACCAGGCGCCACCCCAAACUAAACAGUCAUCGGUAAUCGCUUAUGGAAUGAUCCCACGAGCAUCUAGCCAGCUUCCAUUGUGCCAGAACAUAAUGGUUCUGAAUUUGUUAUCGUUUGCAUCGCUUAUGGAACGAUAGUCUCGCUCUUUCGUGCCGAUAACUAACUGCUUGUGGAUGGAUGAGUGAAACUACGAAUAUAAUUUGACAUGUGUGUGAUUUUGUUCAA